UGCCCCGUUUACAAGCCAUAACCACGUAGAAGACCUUCAUCCGGUUCAGGCCAAGGACGUGAAUCCCCGACCUAUUUGUUUUUCCUCUCAAAGAAGAAUCGAGCGCCGUGUGGAGGCGCCGAGCUGCGGCUCGCCGGCCCCGCGAGGGUUAACCUCCCGCGGGCUGCGCCUCCGCGGGAUGAGGACCCGGUCCACAGUCGGCACGCAGCACUCCCGCCGAGGGCGAGCGACGGUGUGCAGGGCUGCUCCCGGCCGCCGCUGCCUGUUGAUUCUCACCGCAGGAGGUGUUGACGGGACGUGCCGACACACACCCUCGGUCAAAGUCGGUCAUGCGCUCCGACGUGUCGCGGCGCCUCCACCAGCUCCGCGCACAGCGCCGGGGACGCGCACGGCCAGGACGAGUUUGAGCGUUUUAUGCGUGUGAAGUGCUGCCGAUGUCCGGCCACGGAGGGAACCGGGACACGCGCGAGAUGACCGCGGAGCAGAAGGUGGGACCCUGACGCGGUCAUCCACGGGGCCACGUCGUCUUGAUCCGUCGGACUGUGCAUUCCAGUCGAUUUUCGAGUGACCUGAGUGAAGAUGAUCCAAACGGGGUCCCCGUCGUCGACCAGCACCCUGCCCCCGGACACCAUGGACAUCAUCCGGAGCAAGACUCACACCCGCCGCCUGAGACUCAACGUGGGAGGCCUUCUCCACGAAGUGCUAUGGAGGACGCUGGACAGGCUGCCCCGCACAAGGCUGGGGAAGCUGAGGGACUGCAGCACACACGACUCCAUCAUGGAGAUAUGCGACGACUACAGCUUGGAAGACAACGAGUACUUCUUCGACCGGCACCCCGGGGCCUUCACCUCCAUCCUGAACUUCUACCGCACCGGGAAGUUGCACAUGAUGGAGGAGAUGUGCGCCCUGUCUUUCAGCCAAGAGCUGGACUUCUGGGGGAUCGACGAGAUCUACCUGGAGUCCUGCUGCCAGGCCCGGUAUCACCAGAAGAAGGAGCAGAUGAACGAGGAACUCAAACGAGAGUCGGACAACAUGAGGGAGAGGGAAGGAGAGGAGUUCACCACCACAUGCUGUUCCGAAAAGAGGAGGAAACUCUGGGACCUCCUGGAGAAGCCAAGCUCCUCGUUUGCUGCCAAGAUCCUGGCAAUUAUCUCCAUCCUCUUCAUUGUGCUGUCCACCAUUGCCUUGUCUCUGAACACCCUUCCAGAGCUGCAGGACAUAGAUGAAUUUGGUCAAGCCACAGACAACCCGCAACUGGCUCAUGUGGAAGCUGUGUGUAUUGCCUGGUUCACCAUGGAGUACCUGCUCCGUUUCCUGUCCUCUCCCAACAAAUGGAAGUUCUUCAAGGGUCCUCUGAAUAUUAUUGACCUGCUGGCCAUCCUGCCAUACUACGUCACCAUCUUCCUAACAGAAUCCAAUAAGAGUGUGCUGCAAUUUCAGAACGUCCGUCGUGUGGUUCAGAUUUUCCGGAUCAUGCGGAUCUUGCGUAUUCUGAAGCUGGCUCGUCACUCCACAGGUCUUCAGUCUCUGGGCUUCACUCUUAGGCGAAGUUAUAAUGAGCUGGGCCUGCUCAUCCUUUUCUUGGCCAUGGGCAUUAUGAUAUUCUCCAGUUUGGUGUUCUUUGCAGAAAAGGAUGAGGAAGACACCAAGUUCAAAAGCAUCCCAGCUUCUUUCUGGUGGGCUACCAUUACUAUGACCACAGUAGGCUAUGGAGACAUCUACCCAAAAACAUUACUGGGAAAGAUAAUUGGGGGUUUGUGCUGCAUCGCUGGUGUACUGGUGAUAGCCCUGCCUAUCCCCAUUAUUGUAAAUAACUUUUCUGAAUUCUACAAAGAGCAAAAGAGGCAGGAGAAAGCCGUUAAAAGAAGGGAAGCUCUGGAGCGAGCAAAGAGAAAUGGCAGCAUUGUCUCUAUGAACAUUAAGGACGCAUUUGGCCCCAGUGUAGAGCUCAUGGAUGUAAUGGUGGAACAAUCUGAUGAACAAAAGGAGAAGCUGCAUGAUAACCAUGUGUCUCCUCGUCAGCAGACAGGGACACCCAAACUUACUUCACAGAUCAGCCACAGCAGCCCCAUGAAGACCCUUGAGUCAAGCUACCAAGAGCAGACCAAGCCCUCUGGCAGUCCUCAGCAUCUAAGUGUGCAGAAACUGGAGGAGAUGUACAACAAGAUGGCCGUAACUCAGUUACAACCCAACCUCAACAGCAAUGAAAAAGAGCCGCUGUCCAAAGUAGUUAGGCAGAGAGCUGAAUUUGAGAUGGGAAACAUGGCUAAUGAAGCCAUCUCAAGCACAGCAGGGGCAGUAACAGAUAUGAGGAGCAUGUCCAGCAUUGACAGCUUCAUCAGUUGCACCACUGACCUUCCUGAGAGCUCUCGCUAUUCCCACAGCCCCAAUAGCAACAUGCCAGGGAGGGUUAGCGCCAAUCCCCGCCUGGAGCCCACUUUGGAGAAUGAGCAUGAAGGAUCCCAGGGUACCAAUACACCUCAGACAGGACAAGGCGCUAAGCCCAGACCGUAUUCUGACAGCCGCAGAGGAGUGCGCUUCAACAACCCACACAAAAGCCACCUGCUCAAGGUCAACUUCAGAGAGGGCGAGGAUACAGGGACCGGGGCCCUUUCAGACAGCUCGUCAGUCCAGAGCCCAGAGGUGUCCGUCUACACAACUGCCAGCAGCAGGACACCCGCCAAAAGCCCAGAAAAUGUACGGCCCGGCAUCUUCACAUUCCACGACUCGUCCAUCAAUAAGUUCAUUGAUGCUGAUACAGAUGAGGAGGAGCACCUGCAUGAUGGUUCAGGCACAAAUCCAUCCCAGAGACUCCUGGAAAAGGCCAGCCCCAAGUUUAACCAUCACUCCAGCUUCCAGCAGGGGUCCAGCCACACGGAGGGCCUCCAGAGUAGGCUUGGUAACAGCACACUGCCAUCAGAGGGGCAGGAAAACCAUAUGACUCAGACCCUUCAGGCAGAGAAGAGUCACUCAGAUGCUCAAAGUUACAAUAAGUGAGAGACCAUAGAGGAAAGAAACAGGAGGGGAGGAUAAAGGGGUAUUGGAGAGUAAAUAUGAAGCCCAGUGAAUUUCCCCAAAAUAUGAAAAGCACUGAAAACAUUUGCAGGAACAUGAAUAAAUUAAAUCAUUUUAGAAGAUGGGAAAGAUUGUUGUGUUCUGCCCUUAGACUUUUCUGACCAAGGACUCCUUAAAGAACUUGCUUAGCAGAAGAUUCUGAUCUAAGAGGUGUGAUAAUUUUUACUGUUAAUACAUUUGUUUAAGCCCAUAUUGUCAUCUAAAAAAAAACGUGAGUACAGGAUAGGAUUUUUUGUCAUCAAAAAUCUAUUUUUUUCUGAUAUUCCUGGAUAAAGCCACAAGCAAAGUCUGUCCAAUAAGUAGCAAACCACCAAGGGCAUUAAAAUGUGGCAACUGGGAAACUCAUUCAGUUGAGAUAACUUCAAAUCACUAUGUUGUAGUGUAACGGGGAAAUAUUUUGAAGUAAUGAAUAUAAAUUUUAUAAUUAUGGCAUAUAAAACAUGUUGGGGAUAAUGUAUGUUUUGCUUCCUUCAACGUCCUUCCUCAAAACUGGUCUUAGUCCAAGUUGUGUCCCAUGUUUGAUGUUUGUGUUUGUAUGAGUGAGAUGCACGGACAGAGGCACUGAGACGAAGAGCACAUUCGUCCGUUGCCUUAAGUGUGAACUUGAGGAUAAUCAAGUGUUUCAGACUGUUUCGUUUCACCAGGAGUUUAGUGUUUUGCUCGCUGAUAUUUUUUUAUUACACAGAAUACAUUUAGACAAAACAGAGGGACACCGUUGAGGCUGCAUCCAUCCAUUUCCCUUUGGUUCCCAUCGUGCCCGACUGCUGGAAAGACAGAGCAACUUAACUUGAAGAGGAUUUUUAAAAUGAACACGGGGGGGAAAAGGAACCGUUUAUUCUUCUUUGUUUACGUAUUUUGUUUGUUUCUAAAUGUCUGUGUGUGUCCCUCCGAUUGGUGUAAUCAGAGUUCAUUUUUAAAUCUUGAGGGAAAAAAAAGUCUUGUGCUAUUUCAAAACUUUCACAAAGGUUUUUCAAAUGCGUUUUCAUUCCUCUUGUAGCUGUUCUGAUGAAACCUAACUUUAUAUUAAAUAACAGAGCUUGUAAGUAUCAGCUUAGCCGAAAAGACAACUGCAAAUUACAAAGAUUGUUGAAGGAGUGUGAAUAUUGUACAUGUUAAACUACAAAAGUAGAAUAUUACUAACAUACACAUUUAUUGUACAAGGGAAAGAAUGGAAAUAAUUUAUAUUUUUAAGAUAUUUUCUAAACGAAUGGACUCUUAGACAAAAUAUAUUGUGCUAAUGUCAUAGAUUUAGAUUAUGUACUGCGUUAUUUUGAUGGAGUUGCAUUUAUUAGACAAUAUAAUAUGGUAGAUGAAUUUGUAUUGUUUGCUACCGUCUCCCUUUAAACGUAUGUUCCUAUAUCCUUUGUGCAAUGUGAAGAACCAAAGAAUUGUUCUUUCGGAUAACUCAUACAGAUGAUGUUUGAAAUGUCAGCAUUCCUUUUCUCAGCAGAAUCUGACAGACUGUAUUUCAGGGAGCCAUGCCUGCUCAUUCAGUUCGAACAUGUACAGUAAGAUGGAGAAGGCACAGAUGACAGGACCAGCAUCUGAGGGAGAAAGCUGUUGACGGAGGAUCCCCCAAAAAAAGAAGGAAAAUGAAGACGGAACACAGCACUUUAUUUUACAUCCAUUUAAAAACCUAAUCUGAUUAUUUACACACUGUGGAUCUUGAAAAGUGGUUUCGCUUCCAGAAAUCCAAAACAUUAAGCUUGUGUGAGUUCACAUGACAUCUCUUACAAACAUAAAACCACCUUGCAGCUACACACAGCUCGUCGCGCUGGCACACAAACAGCAUGGAGGUACGUUGUGUCUGCAGGCCACUUUAUUUCAACCAAACAUCGUGCAUCCUGCAUUUCGGUGUGACUUGACUCCAAACAUGUGACCAACCUGGGUGUUGAUCAUCUGGUGCUCUCCUGCCCUUUCUUUCAUUAAUAAUGCAAGCAUAGUUUUACAACAUCAUCAUCUUUACAACAUAUCAUGCAAGCAUGCUACAAAGCAUGUCUUUUUUGGGGAGUAAAGCUUCAUGCUUAAAAGGUAGUACUAACAAUGGUUGUUUGCAAUCAUUAGACAUAAUAUGAGUUAGAUAUUUCUGUGCCUUUGCUUUAACAAACGCCUGCCCCCUCACUGAAUCUGUUGAAUGGCAAUUAAACAAACUGUGCAGUAAAUAAACACACGGAGAACUGUGUCAUUGUGCUGUCAGACUUCCUCUCAUGUCUUUCCUGUGCACAUGCACCAUAAUGCAUAUACAUGAAAAAAUCCAAUCCCCAAAUACAAACAAGUGCAGACUCACUCAGUCAAUUGAAUGGACACUGUUUCCAUGGUGAUGGUUGAGAUGACUGGAUGUCUCAUUUGAUGCAAGCCAGUCCACAUACUGUAAUCUGACGAGGUGGAGUCCUUAAGGACUCAGAAAACAUAUUGCAGAUGCUUACACGGUUUAUAUUCUGUUCACACAUUCAUUCAUCCCCUUUUAAUUCCCCUCCUCCUCACCUGUGGCUUCGGCCCGCUGAAGCCUGAAUUAUUAAAGACAUGUUGUGAACAGAAAACCAGAUUUGGGGCCUUUCGUUCAUCAUCCCUUUAUUUAACCCUGUAUUUUUCAUAGAAAAAUGCGCACAUUGCAACAAAGUACAAAAAGAGCAGAGACCACUGACCACUGCAGCGUACGUCUGAAACUAUCGGAGCUGUUGCUAUGAUGUGUAUGUUCACUUCCGCUACAUGCCCCCAUGAAGGAGUGUGAAAUGUGAAUGGAAUAGGAAGAGGUGCGGUGUGUGACAGGGAGAGCAGUGCUGUCAGCAUGAUUACAACUGACAUCCCUAAUGAUGGCCGUAGCACUCUGCUCCCUCAUCUCAUGUCCAACUUCAACACAGAGAUGAUAAACUUUCAGUGCACAGUUUGUGAGCUUCUUUGAUCUUGUGAGACGGUAAAGGAUUCCUCAGGCAAGGAAACCGCCAUGAUAUUCUGUCAAUGAGAAACAAGGAGUGACCUUGUGCUUCUUUUGCACGGAAUAAAAAAGAAAAGAAAAAGUGGCAGUUGGGUCAAGACGUCCUUUUGUGGAUUUGUUCAUUUCUGCGUUUCUAUGAAUAUCAUUUGGGCGUGCACAGGGAGAGUAUGUCGGUCAGCAGGAAAAGCUCAGUUACAGCCAUGGAUUUGGUCAGAUGGUUUCACCGAGGAACAAACUCUGUAACUAAAGAGUCUUGCAAAAAGGGGGAGGCUCACAGGAAACUGUGCAAACAGUCACUGGUGACGGGGAUUUGUUGCAGCCCAACGCUUAUUGCAGCACAAUAAUGGGAGAAAAAUGUCAAAUUGACAAAUCGUCAUGUGACUCUCACUGUAAGAAUCAUAAGAAAAGAUUAGAUGGAUAAAAAAGGGGGGAGGGGUGUUGCACAGUGAAGAGAGAAGAUUCAUUAAUAUUCAUCACACAACAGUCAGACAUGCGGAUAAUACUGAUACAUCUUUGGAAGUGAGCCUCUCAUCAUAGUGGACUUACUACAACAAGCCAUAGUCUAUUUGAAUGGUUCAAACUAGUUUCUCUGUUGGAUGCACGUCAACAAUGUCCUUAUUGCUUUUUAUACCUUUUCUCGUCUUCUGAACUGCACUUUAUUUAUUUUCUGAAUCAACUCUCUACUGUCUAGCAUCCAUCAAAAUAAAAAGAAUGUCAACAUACAACAACUAGACAUAUUGGUUCAAACACAAUAUUCAAAAGCACAAGUUACUACGCUAUUAAAUAAACAUUUUCUUCAAGCACAAUAUGCCACUGAAGAGGUUUGAGCCAAAUGCAGACAAACUGUUAUUCAAGUCUGAGACUCUUCCCUGCUGCCCGAACUGUGUCUGGAGAAAUGUUUGUUUUGUAAAGUUUCAUACUAUGUACCAGUCGACCUUGUAGAAUAUUCUCUUUGGUUUCCUGUUGUUCAACGCAUGUAGCGCUAUAUGAAAAACUUUGUCAAACUGAACUUGAAAAUAUCAUAUAUAUAGGAAAAAUGUCUAUGAUGAGCAAUUUUGAAGCAAUUUUACUGACUGAUGCUUAAUAAAAGACAAUAAUCCAG